CUCCGACGCUCAUGUCAUCGCGCUGGCUGGUAACACAACAGCAAUGAACAUGUUCUCUACCCCUCAUCAGGGCUCCUUCCAGCAGCUGGAGAAGCUGGGCCAAGGCACAUAUGCAACGGUGUACAAGGGACGCAAUCGUCAAACCAAUGAAUUCGUGGCCUUGAAAGAGAUCCAUCUCGAUUGCGAGGAGGGAGCACCGUCGACAGCAAUUCGGGAAAUCUCGCUCAUGAAAGGACUCACGCAUGAAAACAUUCUGUCCUUGCAAGAUGUGGUGAAUGUUGAGGAUAAACUUGUGUUGGUGUUCGAGUAUAUGGACAAGGACCUCAGAAGCUACAUGGAUGCUCAAGGCCACCCACUCGACAUCAUGACCAUCAAGUCAUUCACCCAUCAAUUGCUGCGCGGGAUUUAUUUCUGUCACGACAACGGCAUCAUGCAUCGCGACUUGAAGCCCCAAAACCUGCUGAUCGAUCAAAACCGAUGCCUGAAGCUCGCAGAUUUUGGAUUAGCCCGUGCCUUUGGUAUCCCUAUCAGCACCUUCUCCAACGAGGUAGUGACUCUGUGGUAUCGAGCCCCGGAUGUACUGCUAGGGAGCAACACCUACAACACCAACAUUGAUAUCUGGUCCGUUGGGUGCAUUAUGGCGGAGAUGCUUACGGGCCGUCCGUUGUUCGCGGGCACAACGAAUGAAGACCAGUUGCAGGAGAUUUUCGACGUUCUGGGCACACCAACGGAACUCACCUGGCCUGGGGUCAGUCAGUUGCCUCAAUACAGGACUAACUUUCCACUCUACACCCCGCAGAACCUGCAGCAUAUUAUGCCAUCCUUAGAUCCUCUGGGUGCUGACCUGCUGGGGUGUAUGCUGCAGCUGAAUCCAGAGCUGCGUAUCAGCGCUGCUGAUGCCCUGCAGCAUUCGUGCUGUUAUUCCAGAACCCCCCUAACCAGGCAAUUGUGGCCAUAA